AUGGCCAAGCUUCUUGUUUCAAGCGCAUCAUCAGUUUCUUGUUCUUCACUCUCCUGCCAGAGAACAAGAACAAUUGCUGCCACAAACACCGUGCCGAAGAUCCGGGUGCGUCGGAUCUCUUUUCCGAGGGUUCCUGAUCAUAAUAAAGCUUUGAAGGCAGAGCUGAAUAUAAAUAACUAUAUCCCAUCUACUGCCAUAGCCACAAAUCAGAUAAAAGAUGAUUCUCUUCAUUACUCUGCCCUCAAUAGCUGCAAGAGUGAUCAAGUUUCCAUGGAGGUUGCUAAGCUUCAUUUGAUAAUGGAAAUUGUAGCAGAUAGAGUGGAGAUGCAUAAAAACGUUGGAACACAACGUGACAAUUGGAAUCACCUUCUCCUGACAUCCAUUAACAUGAUGACUCUCUCUGCCGCAACAAUGGCUGCUUUUGCAGCCAUUGGUACAGGCAAUGCUCCACUUUUGGCUCUGAAGGUUUCUUCGACAGUUCUUUAUGCUGCAGUCACCGGGAUGCUUGUGGUGAUGAACAAGAUCCAGCCAUCUCAGCUUGCAGAAGAACAAAGAAACGCAACUAGAUUGUUCAAGCAGCUUCAUAGGGAACUCAGAACAAGGCUUUCUCUUGGGGAUCCUAAUGACGAUGAUGUGAAUGAAGCAAUGGAGAAAGUCUUGGCAUUGGAUAAGGCAUACCCACUUCCUUUAUUAGGCUCAAUGCUUGAUAAAUUCCCCAGAAAAGUAGAACCAGCAAGGUGGUGGCCUGAAUUGAAGCAUUGGGGUAAAACAAAAGGAGAAAAAUUCGGUGCAAGAUCAAAGGGAAAUAAUGGAUGGGAUGACAGGUUGGUAGAAGAAUUAAAAGAGGUCGUGAGAGUUCUGAGAAGAAAGGACAUAGCGGAAUGUGUGAGAUUGAGUGAAAAAGCUUUGAAAUUUAACAAGCUACUGGCAAUUUCCGGCCCAUUACUCACUGGGAUUGCAGCUUUGGGUUCUUCCUUCUUAGGUUCUGUCGAUUCAUCCUGGACUGUGAUGGCCGGAGUCAUGGGUGGAGUUUUGGCCAGUGUUGUGAACACAAUAGAGCAUGGUGGGCAAAUUGGGAUGAUGUUUGAGUUCUACAGGGGAGCUUCUGGGUUAUUGAAACUCAUGGAAGAGACUAUAGAGCAAAACAUGAAGGAGCAAGAAUUUGAUACAAGAGAAAAUGGGCAAUUGUUAGAGAUCAAAAUGGCUUUACAGUUAAGCAGGAGUAUAUCUGAACUCAGGCAAUUUGCUACAUUAGCAUCCACAGAUCAGGAGAAGACCAGUGAUGAAGAUUUUGCCAGCAAGCUGUUCUAG